CCACCCCACUCCAAUCCAAUAUCACCGCGACGCCGCGCGGACAUUCACGAUGAAAAAUGUAUACAUAAACCGUUCUCUUCCGCCAUCAUCCGUCCAGCUUUUCAUCACCACAGCAAGCAAACAAGCAAGCAAGCAGCACCAGCACAACGAUGCAGCUCCUCUCCCUCUUCCUCACAGCACUCAUUUCGCUCUGCAGCCUUGCGAGCGCACAGACUCCCGGCGCAUGCACGGGCACCUGUCAGGGCAUGUCGCACGAUCCCGCCAUCAUCCGCCGGACUAGCGACGGCACUUACUUCCGUUUCAGCACGGCGAAUAAAAUCAACGUUGCUACGGCGGCGGCGCUGGAGGGGCCGUGGACUAUGCAGGGAAGCGCGAUUCCCGAUGGGAGUAUAAUCGAUAUCAGCGGAAAGGAUGAUCUUUGGGCGCCCGAUGUUCAGGGCCCAAUUGGGGAUUAUUAUUACCUCUACUACUCCGUCAGCGCUUUCGGCAGCCAAGUCUCAGCCAUCGGCGUGGCGCGUUCCAAGACCAUGGACGUAGGCUCAUGGGAGGACCUUGGGGCGACCGGCAUCGCGUCCAAAGCCGGCAGCGCGUACAACGCGAUCGAUGGACAGCUCGUGCAAACCUCGGAUGGAGCAUACGUCAUGACGUUCGGCAGUUUCUGGGGGGACCUAUACCAAGUUGCCAUGGCCGAUCCGCCCACGAAGGUCGCCUCGGGAGUGUCCGCGUCUCAGGUGGUCUACAAUAGCACCGGCACUCAUGCCGUCGAGGCUGGGUUCGUCUACCAGAAUGAUAACUAUUACUAUAUGUUUUUCUCGUCGGGCUCGUGCUGCGGGUUCGAUACGAGUCGCCCGGAGCAGGGCGCCGAGUAUAGGAUCCAUGUGUGUCGCUCUGAGGCGGUCGGCGGGCCGUAUGUCGACAGCGAUGGGAAGAGUUGUUUGAGCGGAGGUGGAACUACCGUGUUGGCGAGCCAUGAUAAUGUCUAUGGCCCUGGCGGUCAGGGUGUCUUUACGGAUCCUACGCUCGGUUCGGUGCUGUAUUACCACUACGUCGACACGACUGUUGGGUACGCCGAUGGACAGAAGACAUUUGGAUGGAACAAACUCAACUGGAGCAAUGGAUGGCCUACUGCUGUCUAGGUUAACGAGGAGGAUGGGAGACUAUGUACUGGUAUCAUAAGCCAAAAUUGCAG